AUGACGCAUUUAAGUUGGUGUUGUGGUCGUAAUCGUGUCGCUUCUUCUUCUUCGUCUCGCGCGCUUCUUCUUCAAAAGUCGACGUCGUUUCGGCGAGGACAACGACCAACGUCUCGUCGAUUUCGGCGAGAAUCCUUCGUCUUUUAUUCCUCCUCCUCCGAACACAGCGCUAAAGAAGAAGAAGAAGAAAAAGAGAAGAAGAAUUACAACAACAACGGUAGUAUUAGUUUCAAAAACAAACGAAACGAAAUCGACGACGUUUUAUUCUCCUUCCCUGCUGCUAAUGCUGCUGAUAACGCCUCCUCUUCCUCGCAAACAAAAGCCUCGAAGGGAAAAGCGUCGAAGUCGUUCCCCGUGGAAGCGGAGAUUUUGGUUGAAGAUGAUGUGAACGACGAUUACGAAGAGUGGGAAAAAAACGUCUCGAAAGAAGCGAGAAAAAAAUGGAACGACGUGAGCAAAGAAAUCGGGGAAGAGACGACGUUUACGGUCGGCAAGAAAGAUUUAGACGAGAAGUUUCUCUCGGAAGUGCUUUUGUAUCUGUUUAAAUCGAACGAUCAAAACGUGCCGGCGCAUUUGUUCUUGAACAAAGUCAAACGCUCGAUGACGUUGGACGGGUAUAAAGCGAUUUUAGUCGGGUGCGGGAGAGCGAACAAGUGGGAAUUGUGCGAACAAAUCAUCGAUUUCGUGAAGAAGGAGACUAAAGAGUCGGAGAAGGAGACGAGCUUGGAUGGAAUCGUGACCGCGAACUGGUUCGUGGCGAUUAUAGACGCGAGAAUUAAGGAGAAGUCAUUCGCAGACGUGGCGUCGUGUUUUGAGAAAAUGUUCGAGUUUAAAUGUCAACCGUCAGGGGCAGCCAUAGAGUCGUUCGCGAGGUUCACCGAUUUCGAAUACGAGUUUGAUGACGAUUUGAAAGAACGAGCGAAAGAUAUUUACGAAUGGCUCGUGGAUACCGACGCGGGUAAGGCGUUGUGGCCGACGUAUUUCGGAGAAGCCGGGGUGGAUAACUUACCGGGGAAGAACUCGAAGAGCGGGAAGACGAAAACCAUACGGGUGGCGAUGGAAGCCAUGGACGUCGAUUUAGGUGGUGACAUUGAAAAGUUACAGGAGAAGUUAUCCGACUUCUAUUAG